AUGGACGGCCGAUCACUUUCACUGGCGGAGACACUCGUUACGGCUCCUUAUAUCCGCGCUGGUGCGGAGGCCUUACAUGCCACUCGUAAUGUUGUUCACUCUAUUUUAGCCCAACGCCGCUGCCCAGAACGCGGAAUGGGUGAUAUUGCCAUUGAGUUGCUGCUGCACGAACUUGCCAUGAUGGAUACAAAUAACUUCGCUGCUCACAUCGGCGCUGGCGAGCGUGAAGGCCGUGUGGCUGCGGCGCUGGUAGCGAGACGGCAUUAUGGAUUCUCACACGGAAUAGGCAGAUCGGGUGAUGUCACGCGUGAUCAGCCAAAGGCGGCGGGGUCAAGUUUAUUAUACCAAAUAACAAAUCACAUGAUAUUAGAUUUGCUGCGGCUCGCAGGUACUCCAUCGUUAGAACAGGCAGUAGUGGUGCCCAUGGCAACAGGAAUGACACUCGCACUAUUACUGCGUAGUAUUGCACAGCACAGACAAGCGACUGUACAGAGAGGAGUACCAAAUAGACGUUCUUCUCGCCUAGAGGAAGAGUCUACGGAUAUGGAUAAUAUGGAAGAGGAAAGUAGUAGUACCUGUUGGAGUCAAAAUGGUCUUGAAAAUGGUGUGAAUGAAAAUGAUGAAGAUGGAAAUGAUGAUGAUGAUGAUGAUGAUAAGGAGGAGGAGAAAGAGGAGAUUAAGAGUAAUAAUUCGCAGGUGUUGGAGCCGCGGUAUGUUAUUUGGACACGCAUAGACCAAAAAACGGCACUGAAGUGUAUUGAGGCAGCGGGACUACUUUCAAUACCGGUAUCAUUGCGACAUGCCCCUUUACAGAAAGCUGGUCGUAACGGGAGAAAUAGAAAUAGAAACAAUCGUUCAUACAGUGAAGGAAGAAACAAUACUCGAUCUCUUCACCCUUAUUUUCUUCAAUCACAUGUGGAUGAUAUUGCCGCGGCUAUUGGUCGAAUUGGUGGACCCCGUUCUGUUAUUUGUGUGUUAACCACCACCAGUUGUUUUGCCCCGCGUCUUCCAGAUGAUGUGGUGGCGAUUGCUCGACUUUGUAAAGUACUCGAUGUUCCUCACGUUGUGAACAACGCCUACGGUGUACAGAGUCGAGGAAUUAUGCAGAGAAUAGAUGCCGCGAUAAGACUUGGCCGUGUAGAUGCAAUCGUGCAGUCCGGUGAUAAAAACUUUUUGGUUCCUGUUGGUGGUGCUGUCCUUAGCGGUAAGAAAGAAGUGGUGGCACGUGCAGCGGCUCUUUACGCUGGUCGUGCGAGUGCGUCCCCGGUUGUGGAUAUCUUUAUUACCGCAUUAAGUCUUGGUCGAAGCGGAUUUCAACAAAUGUGGAAAAGACGUUAUCAACUUCGGGAGGUGUUGGGAGCGGCAUUGCAGAAGUUUGCCCACGCGAGAGGGGAGGUACUCCUCACGGAAGAAAUGGGGGAUACAUGUAAUAUCAAUAAGGUUGCUAAUGCUACUACUACUAAUAGUACUAUUGCUGCUACUAAUAAUAGUACUAUUGCUGCUGCUGCUACUACAACAACAACUACUACUACUACUAAUAGUAUUCUUAUUAAUACUAUAACGACAGAUACAACUCCGGUAACAACAGUAUUGCCUCGUAAUGAUAUUAGUUUCGCUAUUACAAUGCGUACGGUGGGAGGUGUGGAGGCGGCAAAAGAAAUUGGUGCACGUCUCUUUCGCAGUGCCGUAACUGGACCAAGAGUUGUAGUGCCAGAUCCUUUCGAGACGCGUUUGUGUGGACAUGUAUUCAGAAAUUACGGUAUGCACACAGAUGAGACACCACCAUGUGCAAUGCUUGUUAUGGCAUGUGGAGUUGGAAUGACAGAAGAGGAUGUGAAUGGCAUUAUGGAGAAAUUGGAGAAGGUGUGGCCUGUGAAUGGGAAAACAAUAACAACAACAGCAACAACACCAAUAACAACAGUAACUGCAGCAACAACACCGAUAACAUCAGCAGCAACAGUAAGAGCAGCAUCAGCAAGAGAAGGAUUGGUGAAGAAGAAAAAAAGUAAGUCAGGAAGACGUUCACAAUAA